UUGGCAUUUUCAAUUAGUAUUUUGUCGUGAGUGCAUGUGUUUUUGUUUUCUUUUGAGUUUCUCCUGAGUUUUCACGCGCUUUUCCUCAUUUUAUCGCAUUAGUUCCUUGUACGGGUCAUUCCUAAAGGUAUCACGAGUGUUUUUGUGCAGUGAUUUCGGCAAAAAAGUGGAAUUUUCAGUGAAAACAGGAGCCGAGUGUCAACAGAUGAAUGCAACGAGUCAUUCAUUUACUGACUUUCAUUCACAAUUAAUCGCACCUUUCGAUGUCUAACACCUGGAUUUUGCCCACAAAUCAGAGAUGUCUCUAAAGAAAUCGGAUCAACAGGCGAUUGGCAGUGGACUCCGAGUUGCUGCCGGAGAGCCCCAUUUAGUGAGCCUCGGUGGCGGACGCCUAAGUACAGCUGUGACAAUUCAUCAUUUACCAAUUGGUGACUUAACCAUUGGCUCAUCGCCAUCGUGCGGAGUGAUCCUCAAUGGCUCGGGCGUGUUGCCGGUGCAUUGUACACUGUAUCGAAAUGAGGAGGGAAAUGUGUUGCUGGUGCCGGAACCCGAGGGUCGGACUCUAGUGGAUGGCAAUCGUGUGUCGGAGGAGGUUAACUUGACACAAGGGGCUAUGCUGACGAUUGGCAAGUCCAAUUACUUGAGAUUCAACAAUCCGGCUGAAGCUGAAUUGAUUAGAUCGACAAUCGGCAGCAACGAGAGAAUCUCCAUGCCACAGAUUGACUUUCGUCAUUCGCAAGAUGAUACAUCUGGAAAGAAUAAAAAUCUCAAAGAUUCAACUGAAUCUCAUGAGGAGGAUAUUGCGGAGAAACUUACAAAGAUCGAAUAUGCCAAUAUCAAAAAUUUUCACUGUCCUAAAGUCUUCACGGCCGAUUCGGUGACGGUAAAUACACCGGCUAAGGAUGUUCUGGGGCCGAAGUAUAAGAAUUUUACGAAAAAUCUCACAAAUAGCCUCAACAAUAGUUUAAAUAAUUUGGUCAAUUCGCCAUCAUCGAGUAGUAUCUAUGAGAAUGCCGGCGGAGGAGGAGGAGGAGGAGUAGGAGGUGCUGGGGCAAAUAUCCUGACAACUUUCAACAAUUUAAAAGUGACUCCGACCAAUUCGGCAACUUAUGAUCGAUAUCCCAAGCCAUUUGGGCUGCAGGUGUUCCCGAUGAAUGGUGUAAAUGCACAGAUCAACAAUGAGUCCAGUGAGAUGCACCAGAGGGCGCAGAAGGAGAGACUGAGGGAGCAGGAGAUGUCAAAGGCGGAGCAGGAGCGCCUGGAGGAAAUUCUGCAGCUGUGUGCUGAGUAUGAGAGGCAGAAUCAGUCGAUACAGUCGUCGCCAAUUGUGCAGAAUCGUAUCAAGACGAAUGGAUCACUGCCGCGAGAGAAGAAGUCACCUUUUGGCGAAGUGACGUCACCCUUUGGCCAGGACAAGGCUCAGCAGAUCUUCUUUCCGCCAGACGACAAAUCCCGCGCCAGGAAGCUCCAUUCGGGCUAUGAGAAUGUCGUUCUCAAUCCCAACACAAAGCGCGCAGAAAUCAGUCCACCAGGUGCAGAUGACGUCAACAAGAAAUCCUCCUAUGUUCCCCAGAGUCCAAGAACCAAGAUCCGAACCACGGUUUCGCCCAAGAGUCGUCCGGGAGUUGAGUGUGAAAAGAGAUCAGAGUACGAGAUUCUGCUGCAGUCCUUCGAGGAGCGCCAGAAAGCCGAAGCUAACAAGAGUCAGGAUCUGAGAUUUCCGGCAAGCAAUCAGAAGUGGGAUGACAAACUGAUUGGCCGUGUGAAAAGUGAGAGGAAUGAGGUGUUGAUGCGUGUAAGGGAGCUCAAGACCCAGAUUGCCGAUCUGCAGCGGCAGGAGGAUGAAGUGCUGAGGGAACUGGACAUGGAGAAGGCUCUUGUAAACGCUGAGCUCUCCAGUGAAUUUGUCACUCUCAAUGAGAUGCGCAAUGAAUUGAGUGCUCUGCAGUCUAAGAUCCAUCGGCUGGAGGCCCAAAGGAACGCCAACAGAGUGAUGCAGGAGACUCAGCAGGCGAAAUUGCGGCAGAAGAUUGAGAUGCUGCAGGAUCAAGUGGCCGGAUUGGAGAAAAUGUUGAGGGAGAAUGGGGAGGACAGGGAUCUUCGGGAAGAGCUGUCGAAGGCUCUGGAGUCACUGGAGAACGAUCGAAAGGUGUUUGAAGAUUUGGAAUUUCAGUAUCUCGAAGAGGAGACAGAUUGGUUGGCGUACAGAGAGGAGCUGCACAAUGACCUGAAGGGACUCAAUAAGUCCGUGGAGGAUCAACGGAAUCAGAUAAUGAAGUUGGAACUGCAGCGCCUGGAGAAUCAGCAGAUUGCCUGCACGGACACGAAAGUCCUGGAGAAGAAUCUGCUGACACUGCUGACGGAUCUGGAGAAGAGUCGAGAGACCCUGAAGGCGAUUGAUAAGAAGCUCUUUCUUCUUUCUGGUGGGCAGGAACCUUCAACGGCUCAGUCGGAAUCUGAUGAUGAUGCAGAUCUUCUGGCCAUGGCACAGAAGACAAAGGCCAAGGACAGGAUUCUGUCACAGUCUCUGUACGGAUCGGAGGAAAUUCUGGCCAGGAGGACCAAUGAUGUGGAUGUGAUGAGCAAGAGUGUCAAUGAAAACAUGUUCUUUGACAAUCUCGAAAUGCCAUCGAGUACACCAAAGAAGGCCUUGAGGAGUAUUGACGUGAGUGAAGAUAUUACCAAUCUAACAACAUCUGGGCAUAGCCUACUGCGUCAGGCUGAAGAUGUCAGUGAGGAAUCAACAGCACGUACACCGGAUUCUUCCUGUUCGCUUUUCAAGCGGAAAAGUGAUUCGGAAACGGAUCCACUGCUCAAGCUCAAGUACGAAUUGUCGCCGGAUGGCAAUGAAAAAAAUGCCGAUGGGAUCAAUCUCAAUCUUUCCUUGGAAUCGGAUGAUUUUGAGGUGAAUCCACUGGAGAGGAGAAUUCCCUCCCAGGAUGACAUCGACAGGAUCACCAAGCUGACCACGGAGGUGCCAAUUGAUACAGAGGGCGCCAGCAACAAGGUCCGCGAGAGCAUCAAGGAGAUUGAGAGGAAUCGGCAGCUACUACUCACGCAGCAGGGAUGCCACGUCAUUGAACACGAGCGACAGAAGAUGUUUGAGCUGAAGAAGAAGAGUCACGAUGAGGCCAGAGCUCAGUACUUGAGGCUCCACAUCAACAGCCAGUCCGACUCAGUUGAAAGUGCCAUUGAUGAUAAGGAUACCGCUUUGGAGGGUGCUGAAAAUUCCAAAAAGGCUGAAAAUCAUGCAGAGAAUAUUCCCUUGAGUUCAAAUACCAAAAUGGAGAAAUCUAGUCAGCAGCGACACUCAAAUCCCGAAUUCGAUGGGCAGCAACAGCCGGAGCAACAAAUUCGACCCCUGAGUGAGGUGAAUGAGGACAAGAGCUACGAUGUGGCACCCACCAAAGCGUACAAAUCCACGAGUGACAUAUGCACAGUUCCCAGUCGGCAGGUGGAGAGGUCAGAGGUGGACUCUGGGGGCAGUCAGAGGAAUAGUGUGGUGUCCCAGAGUGCCACCAGUGACGGCGGAGGCUCCAACAAUGGGCGUCUGGUGGCCGGAAGUCGUCGGAAUCUGCCAAAGCAUCAGAGACCGCUGACGAGAUACCUGCCGAUUAUGUCGCAGGACUUGGACCUGAGGCAGCACAUCGAGACGGCUGGCCAUCAAAUAAAUCUCUGUCCGCACGUUAUCGUUGAUUCGAGCAGUUGUCGGGGCUAUUUGCACAAACUGGGCGCAACUUUUCACGGAUGGUCACGCCGGUGGUUUGUCCUAGAUCGGCAGAAGGAGGCACUUGUCUACUUCUCAGACAAAUCCGAAAGAAAGCCCAGGGGUGGAUCAUAUUUUACGACGAUCGAUGAGGUUUAUCUGGAUCACAUGAAUACGUCCAAAAGUGGUCGUCCCCAUUGCACGUUCAUUGUGAAGACGAAGAAACGCAGUUACCACCUUCAGGCGGCGUCUGAUGCUGCUGCAAGGAUUUGGAUUGAUGCCAUUAUCACUGGCGCCCAGGGAAAUAUUGACUACUGAGCUCCGGGAAAAAGGAGGCAAGCCAAUGCGAGGGGUGAGUGUGUGCAGGAGAGAUUGGGAUGAAUGAUGGGGCGCAAGUGGAAUUUCCACUUCGUCUCAUGAUUCAUUUCUUCAAAUUCGGCGAUAUUUUCACUUCAAUGACCUUCUUUCUUAUUUCGUCUUAUCCCUUUCUCCCGCGAAAAAAAAAGAAAACACAGAAAAAAAUAAAGAGUUAACACUACAUUAGUGCUUAGGAAUUUAAGGAGGGAAACUGUGCCACAAUAUUUUUUAAAGUAUUUUCUUUCUCACAUCAUUUAAAGACAAACAAGAAAAUGUUAAAAGUUCUCGCGGGGAAAAAAGAUCAAAAUGCUGCAACUUUUGUGCCUUUCGCGGUGAAAUAAUAGUUUUUGAUGAGGGAGAAGAACUUUUUGGAAUCUAUAUGACUGACAAAUUGUAUAGGAAAUUUUUGUUUGAAGAAAAGUAAGAGAAAAAAAAGAGAGAUCAAGCAAUAAUUUUUAAUAAUGGUCAAAUUGCUCAAGGGCAAAAAGUAACCUUUAAGCACAUUUAACAAGAAUUGUCUCCAAAAUAAUUGUAUUAAUUCUGAGAAAGUCAAGCUGUUUUUUUUAAGUGACAUAAUAUUUGAUUCGCAGAAGAAAAGUAUUAAUAAAGAUAUACAUUAAGGAA